AUGCAAUCUUCUAUCUGCAAGAACAGAUUUGUUAGUUGUUUUUUUGGUGCAAGGUCUUGGGUGGUUGACAAUGGUGCUCUCUAUCUCGAUCUAAGCAAUGGAGUCGACAUCAGUGGGUUUAGCAUCAAUUGUUAUGCUGCGACAAAUGGCAUACAAGACCAUGCAAAACUGGCAACUAAAGCGAUUGGGAUGACAGUUUACUUCACCCAAGCAGGUAUGCUUGAAGAUGGUGGUGGUGAACCUUCAUCCUCUCGCUUCUUCAGUGUUGGCACCCCCUCCUCAAAGUGGCAAGAGUCAUAA